AAAAAGUAUCACAUGGUACAUACAGAGAUUAUUUUUUUUGAGACAGUGAAAAGUCAUUUGUACUGAAAAUGUUUGUCUCACAAAUGCUCUUGCACUAUGGGCUAUUUGUGGCUCUCAGCCAAGCAUGCAGCACUUAAAACUGACCCAGUAGUCUGCAAAUACCAUUCAAAGAGCUAAUGGCAGACUUUAAUUGCUGUUAAGUACUAAUGAUUAGUGCAAGGCACAAAUAUACAAAAUGCAAAUAAUGACAAUGCAACUAAAGCAAUGUAAAGCCUGCAGCAGAAUUCCUCUCUGACUCAGCCAAUUUGUUCAGGCCAAUUCCUAACUUUUAGGUGGCAAUGCAACAUUUUACCUCUUUUCACUGAAGAUUUUUGAACUGUGAUGGUCCAUCCUUUCAAUUGAUCAUGUACCUCUUUAGGCUAUAAGAUUUAUGCUCCUUCUGAAACACACAAUUUAGUGCAUCUAUAUCUGAGACCGGAUUUAUGUGUAAUUCUAAUGCAUUAAAAAUUUGAUCUUCACCUCAAGAGAUGAAUGGUGAUUUGAGUGAAUGUCUACCUGUACAUGCCACUGUGUUUUGCAUAGUAUAUAAUCUUUCUUUAGCAGGAAAUAGGAUAUAUGCAUUCUUGUUUCUAAAGUGUGUUUACAUGUGUUUUUCCUUGCUGAAGAGAAAAGUGUAGGCUCGUAUGCCAGAGGAUUUACGGUAAGUGUCCCUCUAGAGUGCUGAAGAGACUGUGGGAUGCAGUGAAUGAGGGAGAGAGUGCAGAGAUGCUGCAGAACCACUUCUGCCCUUGUUUUGUCUCAUCCGCUUAUAGAGGCACUAAGUGCAUUUCCUCUGUCUCCUCUCCUGCAGCUCUUCUUUGGGGGAGGAAUGCACUUACACUUUUAUCUCAAAUUUAAUUUAUGUGCAUAAUUUAUUGGAUGCUGAUAUUCUGCAGGAGUGCCUGGACUGGAACGUGGGACUGUGAACAUAGAUCAGUUGUACUGAAGCUCUGAAUGUGAGUUAAACGACCUACAGUAGUCUCUACUAGCUCCAACUCAGCGUUUGAUUCUAGCUGUCUAUCAUGCUGAAGAAGAGGAACCCUGAGGUGCUGAUGGACCGGGAGGUUCUGCUGGAUCUGAACUACAGCGGUGAGACUCAUGGUCCAGACAGUUAUGGAAGCCUGCAAAAUGGGGGCUUCAUCCCUCCCAGAUAUUUGACCACUGCAGCUAAUGAUGAGGGUGAUGACCCCAUAUAUGUUUAUUGUGAGCGGACCUCAAGCCCACCUGGUCAGCCCCCAGGCAACUACUUCAGAGACGGCCAAACAAAAAUAGACUUUGUCCUGGUGUGGGAUCAGAAUUUGUUAAGGGUUUUGAGUUGGUGCUCUAAGAGCACUGCAGUAAAAGCAGGACAGGACCAGCAGGUCAUUGAGAAGAAAAUACUCGCCCAAUGGAGGGACAAAUUCAUCCAGAACCUCCAGAGUGCUGGACUGUUGAUGGAAAAGGAAGAAUCAUCCAGUGUAAAGAAGACUGUGCACUAUCUGAAGCUCCAUGCUCCAUGGGAUGUGUUGGUGUACUAUGCUGAGGAGUUAUGUCUUAGAGCACCUUUGCAGGUACAGCCACACCCAGACUACAACACUUCUGCUCGAGUUCUUCAGAAGCUCUGGGUGCCAAACAUCAUGAAAGACUUAGUCCCCAACUGUCCUGUGGACUACUACACAUGUGCCUUCCGCAAGUCCAAAAUGGAAAAGUUUCUGGGCUCUGAUGACUGUGAAAACUACUUCACCAACACACAAAGACACCGCAUUGUGUAUGAAAUCUUAGCAAGGACUGUGUAUGGCAGGAGGAAGCGUGCAGAAGUUGGAGUCGCUCGUCUGCUGAAUGAGGGGGCUUUUACGGGUGCAUUCCCUCUGCAUGAGGGCCCUUUUGAGCUCCCAGGUUGUGGCAUCCAGCCUGAUCAGUUGAACAAGAGGCAGAUACUGUACCACUAUUGGUCCAACUGGUUAAAAUGGUAUAAGUACCAGCCUCUGGAUCACAUCCGUGAAUACUUUGGAGAGAAGAUUGCACUUUAUUUUGUAUGGUUGGGAUUUUACACAUCCUGGCUCUUGCCUGCUGCAUUGGUUGGGACGUGUGUCUUUGUUUCGGGCAUUUUGACAAUGGGAUCCAAUACCCCUGCAUAAGAAAUCUGUGAGAGUGGAGGACUUUAUCUAAUGUGUCCUCUGUGUGAAACCUGUAAACCUUGGAAUAUGUCUGACAUUUGUCCCAUGGCCAAGGUGGGUUACCUGUUUGAUCAUCCCGGCACUGUCUUCUUCAGUGUGUUCAUGUCUUUGUGGGCUGUCACGUUCCUGGAAUACUGGAAACGCAAGAAUGCCACUCUCGCUCACCACUGGGACUGCAUGGAUUUCCAUGAAGAGGAGGAACCACCACGUCCUGAGUUUGCUGCCAUGGCCCCUGCGAUGGAGGAAAACCCAGUGACAGGAGUAAAGGAACCCUACUUCCCUGAAAAACCGUGGAUUUCACGCAUGCUAACUGGCUCUAUGGUCAUUGUUAUAAUGCUGUGUGUAGUGAUGAUCUUCUUGGUCACAGUGAUCAUAUACCGCAGUAUAGUGAGUGUAAUGAUGUUUGAAACUGGGAGUUCUGUUCUGCGUACUCAGGCUGGAAAUAUUGCCAAUAUCUCCAGCAGUUUGGUGAACCUGGCGUUGAUCUUGCUGAUGGGGCAGGUGUACACAGCCCUGGCAGAACAGCUCACUAAAUGGGAAAUGCACAGGACACAGACACAAUAUGAAGAUGCCUUUACAUUCAAAGUCUUCAUCUUCCAAUUUGUCAACUUUUACUUGUCGCCCUUCUAUGUAGCCUUCUUCAAGGGCAGAUUUGUGGGCUAUCCUGGUCAUUAUGGCACACUGUUUGGAAUGCGGAAUGAGGAUUGCGGACCAGGGGGUUGUCAUGAGCAGCUCUGCAUCAUCAUGGUGGGAAAACAACUUAUCAACAACAUUCAGGAGUUUGUCAUCCCUAAAAUAAAGUCUUGGAGACAGAAACGGGCCUUAUCAUCUGUGAAAAAGGCCCAGAAGGCAGAGGAGCCCAAGCGCUGGGAGCAGGACUAUGAGUUGAUUCCAUGUAAAGGGCUUUUUGAUGAGUAUCUGGAGAUUGUCCUGCAGUUUGGCUUCAUCACCAUUUUUGUGGCGGCCUUCCCUCUGGCUCCUCUCUUCGCCCUGUUGAAUAAGUGGGUGGAAGUAAGACUGGACGCUUAUAAGUUUGUGUGUGAAUACCGGAGACCAGUGGCAGAGCGAGCUCAGAACAUCGGUGUGUGGUUCAUCAUACUAGAGGCGCUGUCCCAUGUGUCUGUCAUAGUCAAUGCUUUCCUCAUUGCAUUUACCUCAGAUUUUUUGCCUCGCCUGUUGUACCAGUACAAGUUUAACAAUGACCUGCAUGGUUAUGUCAACUUCACGCUGGCUUACUCUCCACCCAGUUACAACUACUCCAGUCAUACCUUAUGCAGGUAUAAAGCGUUUCGGGAUGAAAAGGGAAAAUACACACUGGUGUAUUGGGAGCUUCUGGCUGCAAGACUGGGCUUUAUCAUUGCCUUUGAGCAUAUGGUGUUCUUUGUUCUGCGUGUCAUCGACUGGAUGGUUCCAGACAUCCCUGAGUCCUUGGAGCUGAAGAUCAAGCGGGAGCGUUACCUGGCUAAGCAGGCACUGGCUGAUAAACAGGAGGACCUGCUGAACACUUGGAUCAUCUUGGCUCAAGCUGUUGUGAGCUGGUGUGCAGUUGAGCGGAAACAAAGUAACCGAGAGGAACACGAGGCAUUCAUGGACACUGUAACACCUCAGCCACAAUCCUGGAUGAGUUGGAUUUGCACACUGGAGUUGGACCCCAUCCAGCCCACAGUCCACUGA